UAUGUUUUUAGCCCUUGGAAUUAAUUGUAAUGAAACCAAAGCUGCGCGCGCAAUGGUCCACUUUGCAACCAAACCACUUCACUUCACUUCACUCCACUCCACUCCUCCAAGCUUGUUUCCAAUCCCAUUCUCCAUUCAUCUUCAACUUGGAGCACCAAUCGCGAUGCUCUCGUCUUCAUGUGCCAUGGCGGAUUUAGUACUGAAGAACGCACUGAUUUUUACCAGCGACGAUUCUCUUCCUUUCGCCGAUUCCAUGGCCAUUCUCGACGGCAGGAUUCUCCGCCUCGGCACCUACUCCGCUGUUCAGUAUAUCUUCAUUUAUGUGAAUAUAGGACUUGGUUGGAUCAGGGACAAAAGAGUUGAAUCUCGGGGGAAAAGUUGUGGUUCCUGGUUUUAUUGAUGCACAUGGCCACUUAAUUUAUCAAGGACUGCAGUUUUAUUUUCAGUGGAAUCUUCGUAUGCUUUUAUCGAUGUCUCAAAAGUUUGAUUAGUGAUUACUUUUUGUUAUUUGUUGGCGGCUAACCUCGUAUGAAUCAGAUGAAGCAAGUGAACCUUCAUGGUGUAAAUCAUAAACACGAGUUUGUGACAAGGAUUGCAGAAGCAGCUAAAAACACUAAGAAAGGAAAUUGGGUACUGGGUGGUGGAUGGAAUAAUGAUCUUUGGGGAGGUGACUUGCCAAUGGCUUCUUGGAUUGAUGAUGUUACGCCAUCUAACCCUGUUCUUCUGUCAAGGAUUGAUGGUCAUAUGAGUUUGGCUAAUAAUGUAACACUUAAGUUGGCUGGCAUCUCUAAUUUAACGGAAGAUCCAGAAGGCGGGACCAUAGUAAAAACUACCGGCGGAGAUCCUACUGGCUUGCUGAUUGAUUCUGCAAGGAAGUUGGUCCUACCUUUUAUUCCGAAGGUUUCAGUAGAGGAGAGAAGAGAAGCAUUGCUAAGGGCCAGUAAUCUUGCCCUGGCUAGAGGUGUUACAACAAUAGUUGAUUUUGGAAGAUACUAUCCAGGAGAAUCAGUGGAAUUAUCAUGGGAAGAUUUUUCUGAUGUGUAUCAGUGGGCAGAUUCUUCAGGGAAGAUGAUGAUCAGGGUUUGCUUAUUUUUUCCAAUGGAAACAUGGUCAUCUCUACACGAUCUUAUCCACAAAAUGGGUCAGGUGUUGAGCCCAUGGAUUUACUUGGGUGGUGUCAAGGGUUUUGCUGAUGGGUCUUUAGGUUCACAUACUGCUUUGUUUCAUGAGCCUUACGUUGAUGAGCCCGACAACUGUGGCAUGCAAAUCACAGAACGUGAGAAGCUUUUCAACUUGACCAUGGAAUCAGAUAAAUCAAAGCUUCAGGUUGCUAUCCAUGCCAUAGGUGACAAAGCAAAUGAUAUGGUCCUUGAUAUCUACGAAUCUGUUAUUUCCACAAAUGGGCCAAGGGAUCGAAGAUUUAGGGUCGAGCAUGCUCAACAUUUGGCACCUGGAGCUCCUCAACGAUUUGGUAAACUAGGGAUUAUUGCUUCAGCCCAGCCCGAACACCUUCUGGAUGAUGCGGAGUCUGCGACAAACAAACUUGGGGCACAGAGAGCUGAAAAAGAAUCUUUUUUAUUUAGAUCACUUUUAACUUGCAAAGCAUCCUUAGCAUUUGGUUCCGACUGCCCGGUUGCAAAUAUCAAUCCAUUGGGUGGUAUCAGGACUGCAAUGAGAAGAAUACCUCCGUCCUGGGAUCACGCUUGGAUGCCAUCAGAGUGCCUCGCACUGGAUGAAGCCAUAAAGGCGUAUACAAUAUCCGCUGCUUAUGCAUCCUUUCUUGACAAAGAUCUCGGAUCUCUGUCCCCAGGAAAGCUUGCAGAUUUUGUUAUAUUAUCUACAGAUUCAUGGGAUGAGUUCGAAGCUGAAGGAUCAGCUUCUAUUGAGGCAACGUAUACCGGUGGUAUACAGGCCUAUCCUUAAAGUUUCUGAAUUCAAAAGGCGACAUGCGUCGCCAGGCUAAGGAUCUCAUGUGGCACAGCUGUUGGACCAAACUCAAAAUCCAAGAGGUACCUCUCACUUUAGUUCUAAGAUAAAUUUGAGCAUAGGUUACCAUAUCUUAAAUUUUCUUUGACAUAAAACACUGUUUGCUGGUCAAUAAUGCAUGUGAAUAUUAACAUGGAAAGCAUGUGGGUAUGGUCGUAAUAGUUCAAGGUUCAAUGCAUGCUAUGAAAUUCACAAUCAGUGCUAUUUUUUAGUUUCCAGCAGUAGCUUGGUUUUCAACUUUUCCAGUUUAGACACUGCCUUCAAUGACGUUCAAUCAAUGUCAUUUUCAUUGCACUUUUUUUCUUAA